GAAAAGUGUUAUUAUGUCUCUUAAAGAACUAAUGAAAGAUGAUAAAAAUCAUUCACAAGUCAAAAAACAGUUUGAUGAGUUAACACACCUGUUUAAGGAUGCCAGUACAUUGCAUGAAUCUUUACUUUCUCUAAUCUCAUUUGAUGAGAAAGAUAAACAAAAUACAUGGUUCUCAAGCAUCGCUAAAUACAAUAAAGGAUGGAGGAUGUUAAGAUAUGGCUUUCUGAAACUGAUAAACGUACGGGGAGGCCAUCAUCUGACAAAGCACAGUCACAGGAAACUUGCCUGGGAGGAGAAAUGGAGUUGCUAGAGCACCCUGGAAAAGAACCUCAGUCAUCUCUUAAUCCCCAGAAUGAUGUUAAUGAUGAUGUGUUACCAUCCGACAGUGUGUCAAAUCAAGGCAGUAGGUCAAGCUCAAGAGUAUCAUCUACUUCAUCUGCACGUCUCAGGGCAGAAGCUGAAAUGGCCGCCUUGCUCGCACGUCAACAUAUGCUGAAAGAAAAACACUCUCUUGAAGAGCAAGAGGAACAAUUGAGGAGAAAGAAAGAACAACUUCAGCUUGAAGCAGAUAUAGCUGCAACUGUUGCAAAGGUUAACGUGCUGAGAACUGGAUCCACUAUGCGGAGCGUCGCUUCACGGAAAUCUAAUGGAAUGGAAUCAUAUUUUAAAACAAAGGGAAACAGCCUUGAAUUUCUUGAUGCGGAUGCAGAGACUUUUGUUCCACAGAUGCUUACAAAAGGAAACAUAAUCACUGGGAAUGCAGAGCUUCAAGUAAAAACAGUGCAACAGACUAUGAAAAGGGAAAAGCCUGCACCCGCUCUUAUGGGGCCUUCUGACGCUUUUCGAUCAAUUCCACUUUUGUCUAAGCCACAAGCUGCUCAUCCAGUAGCCAAUGAAAAUCUGUUGUCCAUUAUGGAAAAACAAAAUGAAUUAACUUGUAUGUUGGUCCAUCAGCAAAGUCUUUCUUCACUGCCCAAAAGGGAGAUUCAAACCUUUGAUGGUGAUCCUUUACAUUUUCAGGCCUUUAUGCGCUCGUUUGAACAGGUCAUAGAAGCAAAGACUGGCGAUGCUGGCGACUGCCUGCAUUAUCUUGCACAGUACACCAAGGGGCAGCCCAAUGAACUUGUUAAAAGCUGUCAACAUAUGUCUGAGAGUGCUGGAUAUGUAAAGGCAAAGACUCUGCUGUAUGAGCACUUUGGGAAUGGACAUGUGAUUGCAUCUGCUUAUUUGAACAAAGUUCACUCAUGGCCACUGAUUAGAUCGGAAGAUGGAAAAGCUCUUCAGGCAUAUUGUUUGUUCUUACGUGGAUGCUGCAAUGCAAUGGAAGAGAUUAAUGAUCUCUCUGAAUUAAAUACACCUGCCAAUAUGCUUGCUGUGAUUAGAAGACUGCCAUAUAAGUUAAAAGACAAAUGGCGAACAGUAGCAUGUGACAUUCAGGAGAGGCAACAUCGCAGAGCCGCAUUCACUGACAUUGUUUCCUUCCUUGAGCGUCAAGUUAAAAUUGCAACAGACCCCGUCUUUGGAAAUCUAUGUGACGUUCCAGCGACACAUCUUUCAGCCAAGGGCAGCAAUGGAGGGAAACGUUCUCCACAUCUAAGAGCUAAAGGAAGUAGCUUCGCCACAACAGUCUCUGAUGUCGAGAGACAGAAUCAGACAUGGGCUCAAGAUCCUCGCAGCACUGUGAAGGCUUGUUUUUUCUGCAAAGGCGGACACACACUGGAGUCAUGUGCUCUGCUUGAUAAGAAACCUCAUAAUGAGAAGAUUUCUUUUCUUAAAAAGAACAGCAUCUGUUUUGGCUGUUUGUGUACUGGGCACAUAAGCAAAGAAUGCAGAAAACGCCUUUCAUGUAAAAUCUGUGGUCUCAGACAUGCAAGUAUACUCCAUAUCCAUCAUAAAGAGAAGAAUGAAGUCAAACCUGAUAAUGAGGCAGAUAACAUUCCUGUUACGAUCCAGACUAGUGGUCUUACUGGGGCCGGUGAACAAGACUGUAAGCUUGCCAUUGUGCCAGUUAAAGUAAAAUCAAAGAGAGGUCAAAGAAUAGUGGAAACGUAUGCCUUUCUGGACCAAGGGAGUUCAGCGUCCUUUUGUACAGUGGGUCUUAUGGACAAGCUGAAUAUUGCCAGGAGGAGGAUAAAGAUUCUCCUGCGCACCAUGGGACAGGAGAAAGUGGUGGACAGUUUCAUUGUACCUGAACUUGAAGUUGCUGGAUUGGACAGUGACAUGUACUGUGAUAUGCCUAACCUCUUCACUCAGCAUAAAAUGCCUGUAGAUCUUGGUAACAUCCCAAAUCAACAGGACCUGGAUGACUGGCCACAUUUGAAGCAUGUUCAUUUGCCAGAAAUUAAGGCCAAUGUGGAGCUUUUGAUUGGCAUGAAUAUGCCCAGAGCUCUAGAACCUUUGGAGGUCAUCCGAAGUGUAGGUGAUGGACCUUUUGCCAUUAGGACUGUGCUUGGCUGGACACUUAAUCGAGAAUGCUGUGGAAGGCCAGGAUGUCUGGCAACAGUUACUGCCAACAGAGUUUCUGCUGUCACACUGGACAAGCUAUGGAAACAGCAGUUUAAGAUGGACUUUCCUGAGUGCAGCGAUGAUGAACAGAUGGGGCUGUCAAAGGAAGACUUGAAGUUCAUGGAAUUGGCCAGCAAGACGGUGACUUUGAGGGAUGGGCACUACAGCAUUGCUCUGCCACUGAAAGACCGAGACAUAAGAAUGCCUGACAACCGUGCAAUUGCUGAGCAACGAGCCUUAGGUUUGAAGAAAAGGUUCAUCAGAGAUAAAAACUUUCACAAAGACUACACUGCCUUCAUGACAGAUCUCAUAUCUAGAGGAUAUGCAAAGAGAGUGCCAGUCGCAGAAUUGGAGCGCAGCGAUGGGAAGCUUUGGUAUAUCCCUCACCAUGGGGUUUACCAUCCUACCAAGGGGAAGAUGCGGGUCGUCUUUGACUGUGCAGCAUCAUUCCAGGGUGUCUCUCUUAAUGCGCAGCUCCUGAGUGGUCCUGACUUAACAAACGGUUUGGUUGGCGUACUGACGAGGUUCAGAAAAGAGCCAAUUGUUUUGAUGUCUGACAUCGAGGCUAUGUUUCACCAGGUGCAUGUGCCAGAAGAAGAUGCAGACCUUUUGAGGUUUCUUUGGUGGCCUAGUGGUGACUUCAAUCAGAGCAUGCAAGAGUACAGAAUGGGUGUUCAUUUGUUUGGGGCAACGUCUUCUCCAAGCUGUGCUAACUACGCCCUGCGGAAAUGCGCAGAGGAUAACAAAGCAUACUUCAGCCAGCAGGUGACUGACACCAUUCUGUAUAGUUUUUAUGUGGAUGACUGCCUUGCUUCAAUAUGCUCUGAAGAAGAAGCCAUCAAUCUUUACUCAGGCCUCAGAGACAUUUGUGCCAAGGGUGGCUUCCACUUAACAAAGUGGAUCAGCAAUAGCCGCAGUGUUCUGGCAGUUAUACCUGAGGAGGAAAGAGCAAAUGAAGUUAAGGACCUAGACCUAGAUUGUGACCUUUUACCUGUUGAGCGGGCAUUGGGAGUGAGGUGGUGCCUCCAGUCAGAUGCAUUUAAGUUCUGCAUAUCCAUCCCAAACAGGCCAUUGACUCGGAGAGGGAUCCUAUCCACAGUAAGCUCCUUCUAUGACCCUCUGGGGUUCCUAGCUCCUGUUAUCUUCACAGCCAAGAGGAUCCUUCAAGAUCUGUGCCAGAAGGGGAUAGGAUGGGAUGAUGCUAUACCAUCAGCAGUUGCUGAAGAGUGGAAAAGCUGGGUAGAAGAAUUGCAUCUGUUGAACAACAUCAGCAUCGGACGAUGUUUAAAACCUCCUGAUUUUGGAGAGACGACCACUGCUCAGUUGCACCACUUUGCUGAUGCGAGUGAAAAGGGCUAUGGGGCUGUUACCUACUUGUUGCUGCACAACAGUUGCUCACAGACGCACAGUUCCUUCAUAAUGGGAAAAUCCAGGGUGGCACCUUUAAAACCAGUCACCAUCCCUCGCAUGGAAUUGACGGCAGCAGUGGUAGCAGUUCGCAUGGAUAGAAUGUGGAGGAGGGAGUUGAGACUACCUCUCCUAAAUUCUGUCUUUUGGACGGACAGCACUGCAGUGUUGAAAUAUAUAAACAAUGAGACUUCCAGGUUCCGUGUUUUUGUGGCAAACAGAGUGUCAGAAAUCCUCAAGGCUUCUAGUGCCUCCCAAUGGAGGUAUGUGAACACCACGCAUAACCCUGCAGACCUUGCCUCCAGAGGUAUGAAGGCAGAGACCUUUUUACGUGACACUGAAUGGAUAUCUGGUCCUGCAUUUCUUACACAGCCAGAGAACAAUUGGCCCGUGAACCCAGAAAACUUGCAAGAACUUCCACAUGAAGAUCCUGAAGUUAAGGUGUCUGCUGCCAUCAACGUCUCACAAGUACACGAUGAUGAUCAUCCUCUGACCCUUUUAAUCCAUCGUGCCUCAUCCUGGAUUCGUCUCAUCAGGGUGAUGGGUUGGAUUUUGAGGUUCAAGACAUUGCUAUUGCAUCGCAAGAAGAUACAUUUCCAGUCUACAUCUGAUACAAUUCAGUCUGAAGAUGCUCAACAUAAGGUUGAUUUCCGACAUGGCUUUCUUUCAUUGGGAGAGAUUGAGGAUGCUGAGAUGCAAAUAAUUAAGUUCAGUCAGAGGAAAAGAUAUGCCAAAGAAAUUUCUUGUCUCCAAAGGGGAGAGUCUGUGAAACGAAGCAGCCACAUCUAUAAGUUGAAUCCUGUUUUGGAGGAUGAUGUGCUGCGGGUUGGCGGACGUCUCAGUAGGGCUGUCAUGUCAGAAGAUUCCAAGCAUCCUGUCAUAAUCGCUAAAGAGCUUCACAUUUCUAAUCUCAUUCUACAGCAUAUUCAUAAAGAGGUGGGUCAUGGUGGAAGGAAUCACAUACUCUCAAAGCUGCAUCAAAAAUACUGGAUUCCUGGUGCUGGUACUUUGAUUCGAAGCAUCAUGUCGAGGUGUGUGACCUGCAGAAGGUUUCAUGGAGCUGCAGGCCAGCAGCAGAUGGCUGAGUUGCCUGAAAGCAGAGUGACCCCUGAGAAACCCCCAUUUAGCUUUGUUGGAGUGGACUAUUUUGGUCCGUUUGAAGUGAAGCGUGGGAGAAGUCUUGUGAAGCGGUAUGGUGUUAUUUUUACUUGUUUGGCAAUUAGAGCAGUACAUAUUGAGGUUGCCUCAUCUCUUGACACUGACUCUUUCAUUAACGCCUUACGACGUUUCAUUGCAAGACGAGGUCAGGUACAAGAACUGCGCUCGGACAAUGGGACUAACUUUGUGGGCGCAGAGCGCGAGCUGAGACGAGCUAUGGAAGAGUGGAAUCAGCAAAAGAUCUCUGACGCUCUGUCUUUGAAGGGAGUGAGAUGGAUCUUUAAUCCUCCAACUGGAUCGCAUCAUGGCGGAGCAUGGGAGCGGUUGAUUCGUUCUGUCAGAAAGGUCCUUAAUUCCACUCUCCAAACACAGCAUUUGGAGGAGGAAGGGCUCCAAACUGCUCUUUGUGAAGUGGAGUCAAUCCUCAACAGUAGACCCAUUACGCUGGAAUCCACUGAUCCAAAUGAUUUGGAAGCCUUAACACCAUCUCCUUCUUCUCAAGUCCAACCCGUCUUUACCACCUGGCCUGUUCCAGAGGGACGAUCUCUACGUACGUAA